AAUCUCCCUAGCAGCCAUGGCCUUCCAGGGAUAGUGUUAACAGGCUGCCAUCAACCAACUGGGGACUGCAGGAUGAAGAGUAGUCUUGUCCUCAGCAGGGGAACAUUGUGAGGGGCGGAAACUCACCACCUGCUUUCAAGCACUUCAGUUGAGAGUUGUGAUAUCCAACAACCUACAGUUUCAGCUGCAAGCCUCUGCUGGCUGCUCCUGCUCCUGUUCCCCUGACUACUCUGCCUCUGCUGGUCAGCCAUGUCUGUAUCAGAAAGCUCUCUGCUGUCCAAGACCCUUCGUCGACACUACCUCUGUCUGCCACAAGGCCAGAAGUGUCAGGCGACGUAUGUUUGGAUUGAUGGGUCAGGGGAGGCGCUGCGCAACAAGACCCGAACCCUGGAGGAAGAGCCCAAGAGUGUCACGGACAUCCCUGAGUGGAAUUUCGAUGGCUCCAGUACCUGUCAGGCCGAGGGUUCUAACAGUGAUAUGUUCCUCAUCCCCGUUCACAUGUUUCGAGACCCAUUCACUCUCGAUCCCAACAAACUUGUCCUUUGUGAAGUUCUCAAGUAUAAUCGGAAACCAGCAGAUACCAAUCACCGCCACAGAUGCCGUCAGGUGAUGGAGGAGGUAGAGGACCAACAUCCCUGGUUUGGCAUGGAGCAGGAGUACACUCUGCUAGGGAUGGACGGACACCCAUACGGCUGGCCCAAAAAUGGCUUCCCGGGGCCCCAGGGGCCAUACUACUGUGGAGUGGGAGCUGACUGUGCGUAUGGGAGGGAUAUUGUGGAAUGUCACUACAAGGCCUGCCUCUAUGCUGGAAUCAAAAUUUGUGGCACCAAUGCUGAAGUCAUGCCAUCGCAGUGGGAGUUCCAGGUGGGCCCGUGUGAGGGAAUAGAGAUGGGGGAUCACCUGUGGAUGGCUCGAUUCCUGCUGCAGCGUGUAUGUGAGGACUUUGGGGUAGUGGCGUCGCUAGACCCCAAACCCAUGAAAGGGAACUGGAAUGGUGCCGGAUGCCACACCAACUUCAGUACACAGGCGACGAGAGCGGAUGGGGGAAUAUUACAUAUCGAGAGAGCCAUUGAUAAGCUUAGCACCAAACAUCAAGAACACAUCAAGGUGUACGAUCCUCGUGGCGGAUUAGACAACAAGAGACGCCUCACAGGCCAGCACGAGACCUCCAGCCUGGAGAAGUUUUCCUUUGGGGUGGCUAAUCGAGGAGCGAGCAUCCGCAUCCCUCGCCAAGUCGGGCAGGACAAACGGGGCUACUUGGAAGACCGCCGACCCUCUGCAAACUGCGACCCGUAUGCAGUCACCGGCGCUAUCGCUCGCACCUGUCUUCUGCUAGCGGCGGAAGAUGAGGAAGAGCUCGAGGAAGGGAUGAACUGAAGGCAAACAAAUAAACAAAAUAAAACAAUAA